AAACCCUCCAGCAGCGAAUAUAAACUGUUGUGAGGAGCUGCAUGAACAGUUUACUAAAAGUACAUUUGACACUUGCCAAUGUUUGUGGAUUUUGAUACUAAUCAGUGUGAAACUAUUAUUAUUUUAUGUUUACAACAUUGUGCAAAUUAUCGAUGCGUCAUCAUCGUACAGCGAAUCAGAAAUCAAUAAAAUUUUGAAGCAACCUGAAGAUAUUUCAGCAGUGUACUCGGCAAACUCUGAGACUCAUCGACCGCUACAAUUUCCACUCUACCAACAUUCAGUACCGAUUUCUGUUCCACACUACGUUUACGUCCCACAAUCUUAUCCAAAGUAUCAUCAUGUACAGCAUAACAUUGAAGUUCCUGUUUACAAAGUCAUUCCAGAAAUUGUCGAAAAACCAGUUCCAUACACAAUCGAAAAGCAUUAUCCAGUUGAGAAGCCAUUUCCAGUCGAAGUGAUUAAAAGAUUUGAGAUUCCAGUUCCAAAGCCUUAUCCAGUUCAUGUUGUCUACUACAAACAUGUAUCAGAAUAUGAUCCAAGUCCAAUAAAACCAAAACCAACUUACGCCAGCAAGCCUAUUAAAUACGGUGGCGUAGUUUUACAGAAUCAACAUCACGAAUUUCAGUUUCGAGGAUACUGAGCGUUGAAAUGGAAACUUAUCGCACUUCGUGUGCCUAUUGUUCUCGUGUUAUCAGUUUUUAAUUUCACUUCAAACCAUUGUAAAGAGAAGUGAAUGUUUGUUAACUUAUUUUGUGUAUCAAACCGUUCUUUACCGAAACUGUGAC